AUGGCGUUGCCAAAGCGGAUUGUGAAGGAGACGGAGCGUCUUAUGGCAGAGCCGGUCCCUGGUAUCAACGCUGUUCCUCACGAAGACAAUCUGCGAUAUUUCGAUGUAUCGAUUCACGGACCAGCUCAAUCCCCAUACGAAGGUGGAAUCUUCCGUCUCGAGCUGUUUCUACCAGAGGAUUAUCCAAUGACCCCGCCGAAGAUCCGUUUCUUGACCAAGAUCUAUCACCCUAACAUUGAUCGCCUUGGACGUAUUUGCUUAGAUGUUCUCAAGAACAACUGGUCCCCUGCUUUACAAAUUCGCACGAUUCUCCUAUCAAUCCAGGCCUUGCUUGGAGCUCCCAACCCGGAUGAUCCGCUCGCAAACGAUGUCGCUCAGCGCUGGAAGGAGGAUGAGCAAGCAGCGAUACAGACUGCGAAGGAGUGGACAAGAACCCAUGCAAUGACUUAG